AUGCGUUGGACAGGGCGACUGCAGUUCUCCGACAGCUCAGAAGAAGUCAAGCACCCAAUCAUUCUGCCGAAGGCACACGCUUUAUCCAGGCUCCUAGCUGCAAAUGCUCAUCGACGGACAUUACAUGGAGGGGUACAAGUAACCCCGACCACUUUGCGAGACAAGAUUUGGAUUCCACAAGCCAGGCAGCUGGUGAAGUCUGUUAUACAUAGUUGCAGUACAUGCGUACGUUUCCGUGCAAGUCCAGCAACUGCAACGACGGCACCUUUACCAGCAGACAGAGUGAGUGCUACACACCCCUUUAAAUCGACAGGAGUAGACUUCGCCGGCCAGGUGUACGUCAAACGCUCUCGGGACUCGUAUCAAACGUCAAAGUAUUUCAUUGCGCUGUUUACGUGCGCCACCACAAGGGCGAUACACCUGGAGCUGGUGACUGACCUGACAGCUAGGGCCUUCAUCCUGGCAUUUCGCCGGUUCGCAUCAAGAAGAGGAACUCCCUCCGUCAUGUACAGCGAUAACGCCCUCACAUUUAAGAAAGCGGCGAAAGAUCUGUGA